AUGUUUUCAUUCGCAAAGAAAUUGGUAGAUAAGUUUGAAGGGGGUUCUAGCUCGGGUGAUUCCAAUGGAUCAGAUUCGUACUUCAAGAGUGGUUUACAAUUGAAUAAUAAAGGAUAUGCUUUACGUGUUUUGAAUGUUGCUCCACAUUCAACCGCUCAUCAGAAGGGGUUAGAAUCGUGGUUUGAUUACAUUAUCCGUAUCAACUAUCACGAAUUGCCCAUGAUGUAUCCAUCGAUUUCAACGUAUUCGUACAGUAUAAACGAUGAUGGAUCAAUUAAUUACGGAGAUAACACUACCCAGGAACAGGCUGGAAUGAUAAAUUAUGACAUAUUACAAAAAGAAAUCGUGAAUAUUGCUAAGAAUGAUAAAGCAAGUAAAGAGCUUGUACUCGAUGUUUGGAGUGCUAAGGGUGGCAUUGUUAGACAAGUCAUACUACCACUUGAUAAAUUUGAGCCAUCAUCUAAGGACGAUGCUGAUGAAUCGGAGUUAUCAUUAUUCAAUGACAGCUUUUCGCAGGUAGGUUUAACGUUGCAAUCGCAACAUUUGAACACCGCAACGUAUGUUUGGAGAAUAUUGAACACCCAUCACAAUUCCCCAGCAUUCCAGGCUCAAUUGAUUCCUUAUUCCGACUAUAUCAUUGGAUGUGAUUCAGCAUAUCCUCAGGAUGCCGAAGGAAAAGGUCUUUUGGCUAAAGGAGGUGAAUCUUUAUUGUCUCGGACAGUAAUGAGCUAUUACAAUCUACACUAUUCUGCUUCUCAAGAGGAUAAUGUCCCAAUAACCUUAUAUGUUUACAAUCACGAUUACGAUAUUUUAAGGCCUGUGACGGUAAACUUAUCAAGAUCUUGGGGUACAGGUCAAAAUAGAGGUAUUUUGGGAUGUGACGUGGGAUACGGUUUACUUCACAGAAUACCCGAAGUAAUUGGCAAAUUCGAUAGCAAUGACAUUAUCGAUGAUGUUUUAUUUGAAUCUAACCAGAAAGUGGGCUAUGGUGUUCAAGACCAGCCACAAGACCAACAAUCAGCAAAACAAACUAUUCCAUCUCCACCAGCCUCUACUAUCAACACUUCACCUGGCGCUGUAUUUGUACCGCUGGCGUCUGUACCACCUCCAAGAGCCGGCGCAGCUAGAAAAAAGAAGCAUGCUCCUGUUGGUUCGAACUUAGGAGAACUCAACGAAUAUAUGAAUGAAGAACUCGCAAAAUCAAAAGAGAUGGAUACUCACAGUAAUGAGAAUUUACCAAAUGAAGGCACCGUUCCUCCACCUCCACCUAAAGUAAAUUAA